CACAAUAUUGCGGCAGUUAACCUUGCCAGACUUGCCAUGGCAGAUCCGGACGUUGUUGGAAAGCCCGACGCAGACUCAGAGAUCGAAAGAGAAGCUAUUCCGUUGCCUCAGGUUCUUGCAGGCGAGGCAUCGGAUUGCCGCAGAUUUUGCUGCUGUGCGCAGCUCUCAACCACAGAUUCCCGAAGCAGCACUUGCAUAUCGAUAUUUUCGUUUUUGCUUGUUCUCGUGGCCUGGAGUAGCGCUAUUCUAUCGGUGUAUGUGUCGCGGAAUUCCUUUCCACAGCCUCAGCCAGCUCGUGCCGGAGGUUUUUCUGAAGAGAGAGCCUGGCUUAUUCUUGAAGCUAUUCAACAAAUAGGUGCUCAUCCAGUGAUUUUCAAGUCUGACUUGACAUCAUCAGGAUACAGCGCCCCUCCUGCAAAUGUGGCCCUUUUCAACGUCUUCAAGCAGGAAAUCCAAGGCAUCCAGUUGGCAGCUUCUGAUCGGGUCACAGUUGAGCUCCAAGUUCCGACCACCGGCCGAAUUUCAAGCGGAUCCUCCUACUAUGACUUCAUUUCCGCUAGAUUGCGUGUGAACGCGGCUUCCUCAUCUUACAGCAAAGCUAUGUUGCUGACUGCGCAUUUUGAUUCAGUGGUUCCAGAUGGAGUCAGGGCUUCAGAAGAUGCUCUCGGUGAGAUGGGUGAAGGGCUUGCAGAUGAUGGGGUGGGUUGUGCCGCCGUGUUGGAGACUUUUCGUGCUCUGGCCACAGCUUCUGAGGUGCCACUGGUGGAUGUAAUUUUAUUACUGACCAAUGGAGAGGAGGCUGGAUAUCUUGGACUCGACUCCUUCAUGGCUUCAAGCCCAUGGGCCGCAGAUGUGGGAUUUUUUCUACAGAUGGACCAGAGCGGCUCCCGUGGUCAUGCAUUGGCAGUAUUUGGGGAUGCCGGAUCAGGUGAAAUGGCAGCAGCCUUUGCAUACCAUUCAGGAGCAGUGCGUCCGCAUACCAGCGUAUUACUCCGUGACUUUCAACCUUGGGAAAACCUGAACACAGAUGGCUCAAGGCUGAGAGCCACCUAUGGUGUUCCUGGAAUCGGGAUGUACAUGAUGGAGGACCGAUGUCCCUACCACAGUGUCCAUGAUGACCUCAGCCACAUCACUCGAGGAAACUUGCAAGCUCAUGGAGACAAUUUUGUUGGUGUGAGCCGCGCAGUGACAAGAGAUGAAGCGAUCUUGGGCAUGUGGGCUAGGCCCGAUUCUGAUCCUACUGGGGAUGCUUACACCAUAGACUUGCUGUCCUCUUCAAUGCUACUGCUGACUCCUGCAACAAUGGGCAUCCUCUACGGCGUGAUAGGGAUUGCUACUAUGGUUUUAGUUCUCCUCAUGGCAUAUUUGGAACCACGAGGCGGAAGCACUGCAGUGGUGGACGUGAGCUUGCUAGCGGUUGCACAUGUUGCUUCUGUAUUGCUGGCGUUAGUGGUAGCCUUUGUUAUUGCCGGCUGCGUUGGUACCAAUUUUGGCUACUGGUACCAACGGGAUGGCCUUGCAGUUUGGCUUUACAUGCUUCCCAGUCUCUGUGUACAACUACUAUUUGGUCGAGUUUUGCAUCUCAAGCGCUUUUCUCAGGGCGGUGCUGAAUUUGCGCAGUGGCGCUCUAGCACGGCAAUGUUGGUGCUUCUCCUGUUGCUUACAGUUCUUUUGGCAAUAGCAGGUUUGCACCUCUCCCUGCUGUUUGGCAUGUGUGCGUUGACCCGCCUUGCAGGUUUUGUGCUGCGGAUUGCAAUCAGUUUCAUCGCACAACGAUUGAACAAGAAAGCAACAAUCGAAGUACACGAUGCACAAGUGUGGCUUGGGAUCAUCUCAGAGCUCGCAUUGGCAUCACUAGGCUCAGUCUACUUGCUCGAUGCUAUGCGUUUUGCAGUGGUGAAUUUUACCACAAGUCUGGGCAAAGAGGGUGCAAUACUUCCAGGUGAUUUGACCUUGGCUGUGUACGUCGGCCUCUUUGGAUCCCUGGCGAUCAUGCAGAGCAGUGCCGUGCAGGUGCUGUCGACGAAAUGCGUCUUUGCAGGGCACCUCCUAUUGACGAUGCUUGUGGUCAGCAUUUGCUUGGUCGUUACUGCCUUUGCACUUCCUGUAUAUAGCAAAUAUCCUUGCGAGGUGCCUGGAUUCUUGUAGCCGGCAGAACUUUCUAAGGUUUCACCACGUUUUAGCAUGCUAAAGGCAAUUGCUGGCCGCUGUGUAAUUGCACAUCGUCGCCAGAAAGGGCGCUGCCCAUGGGCAGAGAGGGCAGAGAGAGUCAUUU